AUGGUUGUCCGAAUUCGAUUGGCGCGCUUUGGCAACAAGCACAGCCCCUUCUUCAACAUUGUCGUGGCGCAGGCACGGUCCGCCCGUGGCGCCAAACCCCUCGAGGUCAUCGGCACAUACAACCCCAUCCCGAAGCUCCCGACGAACCUUUACGAUGAGAACGCCAAAGCCCGUCCGUAUAAGGAGAUCGCGCUCGACCGGGCACGUGCGAAGUACUGGCUCGGUGUUGGUGCGCAGCCAAGUGACCCAGUGUGGAAGCUGAUGAGCAUGGCCGGUCUUGUUGAGCAGAAGCCAACCACCUACGACAAGGCAUAA